ACUAGAUAUGGCUUCUAAACCGGGCAUCCUUACAAACUGGCCUUGGAAACCUCUUGGAAGCUUCAAGUACGUGAUUUUGAGCCCAUGGAUUGCUCAUAGCUUAUACACUUUCAUAUGGGUUGAACAAGAUCCAACAUACUUUCUCAUACUCCCUUUCAUGUUUGUGAGAAUGCUACACAAUCAAAUUUGGAUUUCUAUCUCACGCUACCAAACUGCAAAAGGCAAAAACAGAAUUAUUGACAAAGGCCUCGAAUUCGAUCAAGUCGACAGAGAAAGCAACUGGGAUGAUCAAAUAUUGCUCACUGCACUAGUAUUUUAUAUAAUAUACACAUUAUUUCCUAUGGCUGCAAACUUACCAUGGUGGAGAACAGAUGGUGUGGUUCUUACAACUAUUUUGCAUGCUGGACCAGUGGAGUUCUUAUACUAUUGGCUACAUAGAGCACUUCAUCAUCAUUAUCUAUAUUCUCGAUAUCAUUCUCAUCAUCAUUCUUCAAUUGUCACAGAGCCUAUCACUGCUGUGAUUCACCCAUUUGCUGAGAUGUUGGCAUAUUUUACGCUUUUUCUUAUCCCAUUGUUGACAACAUUGGUCGUAAAAAAAUCAUCCGUGGCUGCAUCUUUUGGUUAUAUCUUUUACAUUGAUUUUAUGAACAACAUGGGCCAUUGCAAUUUUGAGUUCUUUCCUAAGAAACUCCUCUCCUACUUUCCCCAAUUGAAGUAUCUCUCCUACACACCAUCGUUUCACUCGUUGCAUCAUACAAAAUUUAGGACCAAUUACUCACUCUUCAUGCCUAUAUAUGACUACAUUUAUGGGACGGUUGAUACAUCUUCAGAUGCUACAUAUGAAGCUUGUUUGAAUAGACAAGAGGAAUCACCAGAUGCAGUGCAUUUAACUCAUUUAACAACAUUUGAUUCCAUCUUUCAACUACGCUUAGGUUUUGCUUCCUUAGCCUCCAACCCACAAACAUCUAAAUGGUACCUAAAUUUAAUGUGGCCUUUUACAAUGUUCUCUAUGCUUAUGACUUGGUUUAGUGGACAAGCCUUUGUUUUAGAAAAUAACUCCUUCAAAGAUCUCAAGGUGCAAUGUUGGAUUUUACCAAGAUUUAAAACACAAUAUUUCGCAAAAAAGCAUAACAUAACAGUAAAAAAAAUGAUUGAGGAGACAAUAAUGAAGGCCGAUUUAAGCGGAGUAAAGGUGAUAAGUUUAGGUCUUUUAAACCAGAGACAAGAGCUUAGUACACACUGUGCACUUUAUAUUCAAAGGCACCCAAACAUGAACAUUAAAGUUGUGGAUGGCAGUAGCUUAGUUGUUGCUAUUAUUCUGAACAGCAUUCCCAAAGGAACCAAUGAAGUGCUUCUUCGAGGAAAGUUUAAUAAGAUUGCUUUGGCCAUUAUUAAUGCUUUAUGCAGUAAAAAUGUGCAGGUGACUGUAUUAUACAUGGAUGAGUUGAAAGAACUUGAACAAAGGGUGACCAUGUCCAAUCCAUGCUUGGCUCUAUCAAUCAAUACUCCUAAGAUAUGGUUAGUUGGAGAUGAAUGGGAUGAAGAUGAGCAAAUGCAAGCAUCAGAAGGAUCAUUGUUCAUACCUUUUUCUCAUUUUCCUCCAAAGAAAAUGCGAAAAGAUUGCUUCUACCAUUAUACACCAGCAAUGAUCACUCCUCCUGCACUCAUAAACAUGCACUCAUGUGAGAAUUGGCUUCCAAGAAGAGUAAUGAGUGCUUGGCGCAUUGCUGGAAUAAUUCAUGCCUUAGAAAGAUGGAAUGUUCAUGAGUGUGGUGACAUUAUGUUUGAUAUUGAGAAAAUAUGGGAAGCAAGUAUUCGCCAUGGAUACCUACCCCUUAAGAUUCAACACUAGCCAUACAAAUUUCAAUAAACAACUUAAGUGGAGGAGAUUAUAAAAGUACUUAUGUGUUAGAUAUAUACUUCUAUAAGAAAAUAUAAAAUAAAGUCAAAUUGUUUCUAUAUAAUUGAUUUUCAUAUGCUAUCCUAGAGAGUUUAUAGAAAUAAGUUGAGAACAACUUAUAAACAUAUCAUGAGAUGUUUCUAUAAACUCUAGCUACCAAACAGUUUGACAAGUCCAUAUAUAAAUAGAUAAGCUCAAUUAAGUCAAUUCAAAUAGAAUUGCAACUCUUGGAUAAACUAUGUUUUAUAUUAAUAAGGCAAGUAUCUGACAUGGCUUUCAACCUCUAAAAUGUUUAUUUAAGUUGUUUUAGUUGUGUCAAAAUAUCAAUAAAAAUAAUUAGU